AUGUCUCAACAAUCCAACUCUUCCCCUUCAAAGAACAUGCCUUGUUCUCCUAGCGCUGAACCAAGCAACCCUAACAGAGAAGAUCCUGUUGCUGACUCUGUGAAUACCCCACAUGCAAGAAGACUUCAAGAAAUUGUAUCAGGAUUCUCCUCAUCCAUCGUUCUUGAGGAACGAACCAAAGAAGGUUCCAGGUAUGUUCACAAUGUCAUUGCCACUAUAGUGACUAGAAUAUUGUCUGGAAAUCAUGAGGUCCCUGGGGUUUCCAUUCCCUUAAACACUAUUGAACCUGAUAGUGUUGCUAAUCAAGAAAAUAUUGAGUCUUUAGGAAAGAAUAUCUCUGAUGAUAUGGAGCAAACUGAUGCCCAUAAGGAGUCAAAUGUUGACAAACCCUUAGAUAAUGUGGCUGGUGAGGAAGUUUAUGUCACUCAUGAUGUCAGUGACAACCCUAAUUGUGAGGCUGAAACAAUAGACCUGGAGGGAUUUUCUGAUAAUGAGUUGUUGUCCUCUGUCCUCCCUAGCAUAGCCAAAAGGGUUAGAACUAGGAGAGAAAAGAAAACUGUGGCUCAAAGGUCCCCCAGAAAGAAGAUUGAUGUUCCAACCUCUUCCAAGACAACGGUGGCAGUCGAGAGUUCCCUCAAGAGCAAAGUUCAUGGUCCAACCAAAUCUUGGAGCAAAGUGAAGAGGCUGGCUUUGGAAAGGGAAUUAGCUCAGAAUGUCCUAGACUGUAAGGAUAUUAUGGAUCUUAUUCAAGAGGCUGGUUUAAUGAAGACUGUGACUCAGUUUUCAAAGUGCUAUGAGAUGUUGGUAAAGGAAUUUAUUGUUAAUUUGUCUGAAGAAUGUGUUGAUGGCAAGUCUAAGGAAUUUAGGAAAGUGUAUGUGAGAGGCAAGUGUGUAAUUUUCUCUCCCUCAGUGAUCAACAAGUAUUUGGGAAGGCCUGAUGAAGCUCAACCUGAGCUUGAGGUAAGGAAGUGGCCUCUCAAAGGAAAAUUGGUGGCAAGUAAACUGAGUGUCAAGUAUGCAAUGCUGCACAAGAUUGGAGUUGCUAACUGGGUGCCCACCAAUCAUAAAUCUACAGUUGUUGUAAUGCUUGGAAAGCUUAUAUAUGUUGUUGGAACCAAAGCCAAAUUUGACUAUGGCUCCUAUAUUUUUGAUCAAACUUUGAAGCAUGCAGGAAGCUUCAGUGUGAAGGGUCCUAUAGCCUUUCCUUCUCUCAUCUGUGGUGAGACAUCACGUGUAAGCAAUCAGCCAGGUAAAGCUGCUAUCAUUGCAAUGCUCAAAGAAACCUGUAGGGAAUUAGAGGCAAGGAAACUGAACUUGGAAAAAUUGAUUAGCUCUUUGGAGACGACUGAAGGUGAUGUGCUAGCUGAUGGUGGAGAAUUUGGUGAAGCUGCUGUUGUUGCAGAAGAAGCUGAAAGACAAGGUGAAGAGGGAGAAGCAGAUGCCAGUCCUGAUGAUGGCACAGAUGAUGAUGCUGAAUCUGAGUCAAAUGACUAG